AAAAACAAACAAAACCUACAAACAUGGAGUAGAAAGUGAUGUAAGACCCCACAACGUAAAAAAAAAAGCUUUGAAGAAUACAACCGAAACAUAAAUCGAAACAGAAAGAAAAGAGAAAUUGAUUGUAUAUGCAAAGGUCCCACACUACACGUGUAGACCAACAUAUUUGAGUACUUCGACAAUGAGUGCCUUCUUCCCACGAUUACGCUUGAUGUUCAAGCCGCGUCGCCUCUGGUCUCAGCUAUGGGGACUACAAGGGAUGUAUCUGUGCUUUUUCUUACACUCACAAGCUACAGGGAGUUCCUACCCCAACCAUGGACACAUUCCCAUCGGCACAUUGUUUAACAUGGACGCGGAGCCGGUGUCCAGGUCAGCUCUUAUGUACGCUAUCUCCACAAAUAACGAACUGCGCAAGGGAGGUAAAGGCAUCACCUUCAACAUGCUCUCAGACGACGUGGAUAUAGACAGCAAUUUCGCUGUUACAUCAAAACUGUGUGCACAGAUGUCUUCAGGUAUUUUUGUCAUGUACGGCUCCACAUCCCAGUCCACGUUCAAGACCUUGCAAGCCUACAGUGCCAAGUUCAACAUGCCUUUUAUCACACCCGACCUGUCAGGAACAAUUCAUAAAGAACACCAGCCUCAGAUGCUUUUCGCCAAGCCUGUCUACGCCGACGCCAUUGUUGACUUGGUCAAGGGGUUAAACUGGAGGAGGCUUGACUACGUCUAUGACAACAGUGAAGGCUUGCUAAGAGUCCAGCACGUAUAUGACCGGCUCAAACGUGAGCAGUACGGGAUAGAGAUCGGCUUCAGGCGCAUUGAGCAAGUGGAGUCAGCCCACGAGGACCUCAGAAGGCUGGACUACCUGGACAGGGAGAAGAUGAGGAACAUCGUCCUUGACCUCUCCUCCUUGAAUGCUUAUGCAGCGCUGCUCAGGCAGAUACCAGAAGUCGGAAUGAACCGCCACGGGUACAAUUACAUUCUAGGGACGUUGGACAUGCUGAGUCUUGACGUAUCUCGCUUUCUUCACGGAGGAGUCAAAGUCUACGGGUUCCAGUUGGUGGAUGUCUCGCGACGACAAGUGCAAACGUUUCUAGAAGAAUGGCAGGAACUGGAACCAGGAAUCUGGCCUGGUGCAGGCACCAAUCUUCUACAGACGGAUGCAGCACUCAGCGUGGACAUGCUCCACACCAUCAGAGCUGCCCUGACGGCCAUGAUCAAAGAACAAAGAGAUGUAUUCCAUUACGUGUUCCGAAGGGGAAAAAUGUACAAUAUGAACAAGACCAUCGGGAUACAGUGUAACUCCAACCCACCCUUGCCGUGGAUGCACGGAGAACAGAUCUACAGAGCUUUGAAGCAGGUAAACUACAGUAUCGGCAAGUGGCACUCACGCUAUGGACUACUUGACAACGACCAGGAUCUUCCUGUGGACCCCAUCUACCCCCAACAAAACUAUACGGAAUGGAGGAAAGUUGUCACUACAAUACUGGAACCUCCUUUUUUGAUGCUUAGAGGUAACGUAGAAGAGGACGGGUCACCUUUGAUUGGCAACGGCAGAUAUGAAGGUUACGCCAAAGACUUAGCGAUGGAGAUAGAGAAGCGGCUGGACAUUGACUACAUCCUUGACCCAGUCACGGAUGGAGAGUACGGCAGGGAGGUGGAGAAUGGCUCUUGGACGGGUAUGAUUGGGCAGCUUGUUAGUGGGAAAGCAGACCUUGCCAUCGGCCCUCUGACUAUCACUGCGGCCAGAGAGCGGGUGGUGGACUUCACAAAGCCAUUCAUGGACAUAGGAAUCUCUAUCAUGACUCUCAAGCCAGAGAGACAGAAGGCGGGACUCUUCUCUUUCAUGGAGCCCUUCUCGCUGUCCCUCUGGGUCAGCAUUGUCAUUGCUUACGUCACUAUCAGCUUGACCAUUUUCAUCGUGAGCAGGUUCAGUCCUUACGAAAUGAAAGAACAUGCUCCGUACCUGGAUCACUUCAGAUACAACUUCACACUGUGCAACUCCUUCUGGUUUGCCAUGGGGGCGUUGAUGCUUCAAGGCAGUGAUCUAUGCCCACGAUCAAUCGCUGGGCGAAUCAUAGGCGGUGUUUGGUGGUUCUUCGUCCUCAUCAUCAUCUCCUCCUACACCGCCAACCUAGCAGCCUUCCUCACCGUAGAGCGGAUGCUGCAGCCCGUCCAAUCUGCGGAUGACUUAGUCAAACAGGCGGAGAUCUCCUAUGGCAUUCUGGAGACGGGCGCCACACGAGUAUUUUUUGAGGAGUCUAACGUAACGACCUAUAAGAUGAUGUGGUCGUACAUGUCAUCUGCCUCGCCUCCUGUCAUGGUUUCAUCCCUACAGCAAGGUGUACACAGGGUGCAAAACUCCGGGGGCAAGUAUGUCUUUCUGCUGGAAUCUUCCACCAACGAGUAUAUCAACAACAGGCUGCCUUGUAACACAGUCAAAGUCGGGCCUAAUCUAAACCUUGAAGGCUUUGGCAUUGCCACUCCACAUGGGUCAGACUUGAAAGAGAGUGUAAACUACGUGACUCUUAAACUGAAGGAAGACGGCACUUUGCACAAGAUGAAACAGACAUGGUGGGAAGAGAAGGGAGAGUGUGGCGUGGACACUGGUAACAAGGAAUCCAAGAAGAGAUCCCUUUCCCUCAACAAUGUAGCCGGAGUAUUCCUGUUGCUGAUUGCCGGCUUGGUGGUUGCCAUAGGAACAGGCCUUAUUGAAGCUCAUUACAUCAAAACUCAGUAUCUGAAAUAUGUUUCCACACUGGAUUCAAGAUGUCUUCAACAUGAAUAUUCAAAUGGAGGAAUUGUUAAUAAAUAUAUCCAAUCUUAA